AAAGACAGAGAAUUUUUAAAAAGAAAAAGAUGCAGAAGCUGAAAAUAGAACAAAUGUUUCAAUUUGGUCACCAGUGCAACCAGCCUUAAUGCCAGCAAUAUAAUUGUAGGUUGGUUUGGAACUAAAUAUUUGGGAGCUUUGUUACUGGUUCUGGUAAAGUCAUUACUAAACUGUCACUAUAUGUCAUGGCAACUCUUGGUAGCUGCCAUGACAUAUGGUGAAAUCUAGUUCAAGCAGAUAUAUUUUUGCAAUGAAAUCAUGUUGUUGAAAUGGAAAUGAUGAGUUUCAUUUAGGGAUGCUCUGAUCAGGUUUUUUGAUGCCAAUUCUGAUCCCGAUCACCUAUGAGGCCGAUCUCUGCCGAUCGCCUGGAUUGACUGUUUUUUUUUUUUUUGCUUUAGUUAUAAAUGAUACUGUGUGAUCUGGCAAAAUUAAAAAGUGAUCUGGUAAUAAAUUCACCUAAUUAACAUAAACAUGCAACAUACUUGCAGGUACAAUACAGCAGCUACUCAGUCAAAAGAACUGAAAAACCUGCAACCAGUUAAACAACAUUUAACAAUAAGGCUCUCAGUACCAUAAAUUAUACAUGAGUCAAAUAAGUCUCAACACCGCCUAUAUCAAAUGAUGUCUAGUAAAAGAGGGAAACAUUCAUUCAAAGUCAAAUUCAUUCAAAGGUUGCACCAAAAUAAACACUCCUAAGUUACUGAAUCAAAACUUCCUAAGAGCACAGSUAGCUGAUUAAUGCUGGUUCUGAUUGGCUGUUUCUGACCGAGCAGAGUAAUUCUGCAGAACACAGGAGGAGGGAGAGGAGAUCAAUUAUUAUUAAUUUAUUUUUCCAUGAAUUAUCUCUCAUGUUUGGACAUGGCGAAAGUUUUAAUAUGUGAAAUAUUUGUUGUUGUUUACGUUACAUGCUACGACUAAGCAGACGUUCCAGGUGGAGCAGAAGCGGCGCUCCGUCUUUGAAAUAUUACUACCAGUACCACAUAACGGCAGUUCAACUGUGAGAACAGAACCAGCGUCUUUCACCGCCAGCUCAAAGACUUUAAUUAUUUUUCAGAUUAUUUGUUUAGCUUUCUGACCAUCAUGCUAAUCCGGAAUCCUUAUAUCUUCAUCAUGAAGAAAAAAUGCAAAAAUCGCCGCCCCACCACGCUAAAGAGGGAGUCUUCUCCUAUCAAGCCCUCCCCCAACAGAGAGACUCUCACAUACGCACAAGCUCAGCGAAUGGUAGAACUAGAAGUGGAUGGCCGAGUGCACCGGCUCAGCAUCUACGACAAGCUGGAUGUCAUCGCCGACGAUGACCCUACGGCUCAGGAGAUCCUGGAGUGCAAUAGCAACAAAGAAAACAAUGAGAAGCCCCAGCAGGUUCUGGUUCGCUCUGUACGCCUCAAAAUGAACCAGCAGAAGAAGAGUGGUGCUCUGACUGCUUCACAUGGCAGCAGCUUGGGCGGCCUCCUGGAACCAAAGGUCAGGAUGGUGGAGUAUAAUCUCCCGGUGGUGCCAAAAAGGCCGGCCAUGUAUUACAAAUACUCUGAGAGGACGACUGAGGAGCUGGAUGAGGAGGUGGAGUACGACAUGGACGAGGAGGACUACGCCUGGCUUGAGAUCAUUAACGAGAAGAGGAAGAGCGAGGGCAUUGGCCAGGUGUCACACAAUCUCUUUGAGUUCCUCAUGGACCGCUUUGAGAAAGAGUCGUACUUGGCUACACAGGGCCAGAGUGAUCUGCAGUCGCUGGUGGAUGAAGAUGCUGUUUGCUGCAUCUGCAUGGACGGAGACGGAGCUGAUAGCAACGUCAUUCUCUUCUGUGACUCGUGCAACAUCGCCGUGCACCAGGAGUGCUACGGUGUGCCGUACAUCCCAGAGGGUCAGUGGCUCUGCCGUCAUUGCCUACAGCGUCCGUCACGGCCGGCCGAGUGCCUCUUCUGCCCAAAUCGUGGAGGAGCUCUGAAAAAGACAGAUGAUGAUCGCUGGGGCCACGUGGUUUGUGCCAUGUGGGUCCCCGAGGUUGGCUUCUCUGAUACAGUUUUCAUCGAGCCCAUUGAUGGCGUCCGCAACAUCCCCCCCGCCCGCUGGAAACUCACAUGCUACCUGUGCAAAGCCAAGGGCGCUGGGGCCUGCAUUCAAUGUGACAAGAUCAACUGUUACACCGCCUUCCAUGUCAGCUGCGCCCAAAAGGCGGGCCUCUACAUGAGGAUGGAGCCCGUCAAAGAGCUGACCGAGUCUGGCACCACCACCUUUUCUGUGAAGAAGACUGCCUACUGCUGUAGCCACACACCCGAAGGUUGCGACCAACGGCCUCUCAAUGUCUACGACGAGCUUCGUCUCAAGAACGGAGCCUGUUACAAGCGGGCAGAAAAGAGGGGAAAACCGCGCUCCAAAACCUGGCAGAAGAAAAAGAUGAAAAAAGCAGAGUCAGAACCUGAACUAGAACCUGAAACCCAAACUAACCCUGGACCCAGCAUCACUGCAUCAAGUUUUGAUGCCAUAUUGAACCAGGUAGCAGUUCAGAGGAAGCGGCAGUUUGUUGAGCGGCUGCUGAGCUACUGGGUGCUGAAGAGGCAGUCGAGGAACAAUGUGCCUCUGAUCCGCCGCCUGCAGGCCAACCCUCAACCCUCUAAAGCUCAGCAGCAGAAGGAGCGUAUGGAGACAAACCAGGCUCUGAAGGAGCAGCUGAAAGUGUGGCACCGUCUGCGCCAUGACCUGGAGCGAACCCGGCUGCUGCUGGAGCUCAUCAGGAAGCGGGAGAAGGUGAAAAGGGACGAGAUAAAGCUGCAUCAGUCGGUGCUGGAGCUGCAGCUGACUCCCUUCAACAUCCUGCUGAGAGCCGUGCUCAGUCAGCUGCAGGACAAGGACCAGUACAGCAUCUUUGCACAGCCUGUCUGCAUUAAGGAGGUCCCAGACUAUCUGGAGCACGUCAGAAAGCCCAUGGACUUCUCAGCAAUGAGGAAACGAAUCGAUUCUCACAGUUACUGCAACCUGGAUGAGUUUGAGGACGACUUUAACCUCAUAAUUAGUAACUGCAUGACGUACAAUGCCAAGGAAACGUUCUUCUACAAGGCGGCUCAGAGGAUGCUGGACCAUGGAGGGGUCAUCCUACGGAGAGCUCGCAGAGAGAUGGAUAGGAUCGGAUUUGACUUCCCCAGCUGCUUGCACUUGCCAGAAGCCCCACCGCUGGAGUCCCCAGCUCCUUUCUCCUGGGAGGAUGUGGACCGGCUGCUGGCACCCUCCUACCGUCAGCACAUGCCGCUGGAGGAGCAGCUGAAGGAGCUUCUGGAGAAGCUGGACCUUAGUACGGCCAUGAAGCACAGCCCGUCCCGCACGAAGAGGCUCAAGCUCCUCAAGAAGACCAUAAUGGAGGUCCGCAGCCAGAUUGGCUUAAAGAAAGCCCUUCCACAUCCACCACCCCCUGCCCUGGAUCUCCCACAAUGCCCCAGCCAGUGUGAUGAAAAGCUGGGUCCCAUAAGUGGAUUAGUUCCCAUCCCUCCACCAGCCUCGGAGCGGCUCAGCUCCUCAUUUAAACCUGAUGUCUCACCACGCGGCUCAGUGCCCCCCACUCUGAAGCCUGUUGUCCCCCUGUCAGAGCAGGCUCCCUUGCAGCUUGAUGACAACACCAGCUCCUCUACCUCAAAACCCCCUCAACCCACCAACAGGCCCCUCCCAGACCAGCCACUGCAAAACAGGAACUUUCCCUCUGAAUUAUCAGGUAGCUGCCCCCAGCGCACCAUUUUCCGUAAGUCCAAGAGUGCCAGCCCCCAGAAAGCACCCAUGACCCCAGAGCUGCCUGCUGCAUCGCCACCCCUUCUGGGUGCCAAAACCUUCCUGUCGGUGGUGAUCCCUCGCCUGGAGACCCUGCUGGUCCCCAAGAAAAGGACCCGCAGCAGCAGCACUGAAGACGAGGAGGAAGACGAGAAGGAGGAGGAAGAGACGCCGAUCAAACGUCUUGGCACAGGGUUAACCAACGGCUUCUUGGUGGAGGAGAAGCUGGAUUCUGUGUCUCCACGCAUUCUGGAGCCCCGGCGGCGAUGCGCCUCAGAGUCCAGCAUAUCGUCCAGCAACAGCAUCAUCUGUGACUCCAGCACCUUCAUGGUGCCUAAAGGUGUGAAGGGUCGACCUACGGCGGUGAGGCGGAGCACCGUGGACGACCAAAGCUCUCUGAUGAGCUGUGCCGACAACGGACAAUUCACAAAGACGACUGCCAAGAUUUCUUCAGUCUGUCCCGGGUCUUCACAGAUUGUGAAUCCCAGAGUUYGGAGGAUGUCAUGUCAGCACAGCAGGGUGGAGCUUCCCAUUCCACCAUUGGACGUUCUCAGAGCCGGAGAGCAGAUGCAGUUCAGGUCCGCAGAGAAACUCUUCCUCGUCCGCUUCUUCGACAGCAAGCGCAACUGGCAAUGGCUUCCUAGAUCCAAGAUGGCUCCAUUUGGGAUCAGCCAGAGUCUGGACAGAGUGAAGCUGAUGGAAGCUCGUGCUUCCUCCAUCAGGAGAACUGUGCGGCUCGCCUUCGAUCGGGCCAUGAAGCAGCUGAACGCUGUCAGAGGGGAUCUGGAGGUGAAUGGUGGCAACAGCGGCUUUGCUGCCACAUGCUAAUCCCCGUCCAUCUCAGAAGCUCCACCAACCAUCACUUUUCACCUUCAUGAUCCACGCAGAGAGGACGUUCUGCCUCAUUACGCACAACACAAACACUCAUGUUUACCCGUCCUCCUGCCUGGAGUCCCACAAUGACUCACUGUAGUCAAAGCUAUGCAAAGGAAGAGCUCAGCGUUCAGUUGGGAGGGCUGAACCUGAUGAAUGUGUUGGUGCUCGACCUCUGACCUCUUAAAAUGUGCUGCUGUGAGAUCCUCCAUCUGUCACUGUGUGUGUGAGACAGCAGCAGCUCAUGUAAAUAUCACACACACAGCCUGACACUAAUUUAUUCACUCUUCAGUUUUAUUUGGUACACACACUCUGAUUUUUGGACCUUCAAAGGUAGCUGUGACAAGUGGCAGCCGGUGCUGCUGGUCCUGCUGGUGCUAUCUCCACAAAGAGAACAAACAUGCAUACUGUAUUGUUUUUACUUUUGUUUUAUAACUUAUUGAGAUCUCCUGCAUCAAGUUCUUGUUUCUGGCAUUAAUUCUGUGUGUGAAUUUUUUUUGUAUCCAAAUGUUUUUACUGGACUACUUUACUAUUAUUUUUUGUUUGUUUGUAGAUAUUUAUAUAAGAUCUAUAUAGAAGCUCCUAAAGUUUUAAAGUGCAUUGUUGACAUGGAAACCAAAAGGAAAGGAGAACCAACUGCUGCCCGUACUCAUGCUUCACUUUGACGUCUUUCUUUGAGCUUUAAGUCACGUCUCUGARCGUCACAUCGGUGUUCUCCAGCUCAGCCCUGAAGCAGAGCAGAGAAUGUGCCUGGACUAAUUUAUUACAGAGCAGAAAACAGAUAUGCAUCACUUUAUAUAGAAGGUGUGGUGAGGAAAUACUACGGGUGCUCAUACCCUCCCUUUUUUAAAAUUGUUUUAGUUCUUGUUUGGACUGAUGGCAUUAAAUGUGUGAGGUGUGAUAUAUGCUGAUGGGUAGCAGAGUGUAGGCUUCCUGUUGGUCCUCCAGCCCUUCUGGCAGUUUGCUGUAAAUAUAUUUGGUACUUUAGUUGAUUCUCUGGGAAGAAAAGAAAAAACACACAGGUCUAGUCAACAGGAACAGAAACCAGCCCAAAGUAGGCUGCUGGAAUUUUUAUACUAAAACACUGAAGAAUAAAAUAUCAUAUUGAAAUACUG